ACCAUGUCAGUUACUGUUAUUAAGAAGAGAGUCCUCUUUGAGAUGCACAUUUUUCUCUUUUUCUUUUCAUUGAUUAAUUCAUUUGAUCUUUUUUAAAUUCAUCCGCCGUUGUGUGUGCGUCACGUGUGGAGAUCAUGAGAGAGUUUAGCAUCUUCUCCUGGAUCUGGAUUCCUAUAAUCCUGUUGCUGACGGAGAUCUCGUCAUGUGCUGGUGACGCAAAUGUUGUGAAUCCUUGUUGUUACUACCCAUGCCAGAACUCAGGGGUGUGUGUGAGAUUUGGUACAGGUGGCUACCAAUGUGACUGCACUCGCACUGGCUUCUAUGGAGAAAACUGCACUGUCCCUUCACUCUGGACCAGGGUUUAUCUCAUGCUCAAGCCCAGUCCCGCAGCAGUUCACUACCUACUCACCCACUUUCGGUGGCUCUGGUACGUGGUCAACAACUCUUUCCUGCAAGAUACCAUCAUGCGAAUAGUACUGACAAUUAGAAGUGACCUCAUUCCAAGUCCUCCCACCUACAAUACCAAAUAUGGAUACCUCAACUGGGAGUCUUACAACAACAUCUCCUAUUACACCCGGCUUCUCCCUCCUGUACCUGAAGACUGCCCUUUACCCAUGGGAACUAAAGGUAAACCCGUUCUUCCCGAUCCGAAAGUGUUGAUGGAACGUUUCUUCAAAAGAACCAAAUUCAGGCCUGACCCCCAGGGAACCAAUCUGAUGUUUGCCUUUAUGGCCCAGCACUUCACCCACCAGUUUUUCAAGACUGACCAUGGAGUUCAUGUUGGCUUCACCAAGGGUUUAGGACAUGGGGUAGAUGCAAGUCAAAUUUAUGGAGAAAAUCUCAUGCGGCAGCUUCAACUACGGCUUCAUGAAGAUGGAAAGUUGAAAUAUCAGUUAGUGAAUGGUGAGAUGUAUCCCCCGUCAGUAACCGAGGUCCCCGUGCACAUGGUGUACCCUGAGGGUUUACCUGCACAGCAACGUCUGGUCAUUGGUCACGAGAUAUUUGGCAUCCUGCCAGGUCUCACCGUGUAUGCAACCAUAUGGCUGAGGGAGCACAACAGGGUGUGUGAUGUCCUUAAGGCAGAGCAUCCCACCUGGGACGAUGAACAGCUUUUCCAGACCAGCAGACUCAUCAUCAUUGGGGAGAUCAUCAACAUCAUCAUCGAAGAGUAUGUGCAGCAGCUGAGCGGCUACCACCUGAAGCUUAAGUUUGAUCCCUCCCUGCUCUUCAACGUGCGUUUUCAGUACAGCAACCGAAUUGCCCUGGAGUUCUGCCACCUCUACCACUGGCAUCCGCUGAUGCCGGACAGCUUCCUCAUCGACGGGGAUGAAAUCCCGUACUCCCAGUUUCUUUACAACACCUCACUUCUCAUGCAUUAUGGUGUGGAGAAACUGGUGGAUGGUUUCUCUCGUCAACCUGCAGGACAGAUUGGUGGAGGUCACAACACGCAUGAAGCUGUGCUCAAAGUGACAGGAAUGGUGAUCAAAGAGUCCAGAGCAGCACGUGUUCAGCCCUUCAAUGAAUACAGGAAGAAGUUUAACCUAAAGCCUUACACCUCCUUUGACGAGUUCACUGAUGACAAAGACAUGGCCAGAGGUUUAGAGGAACUCUACGGGGACAUUGAUGCUUUAGAGUUCUACACAGGAGUCCUGCUGGAGAAAACUCGUCCUGAUGGUAUAUUUGGUGAGAGUAUGGUGGAGAUGGGUGCCCCCUUUUCCCUGAAAGGCCUGAUGGGAAACCCACUGUGCUCCCCUCAGUACUGGAAACCGAGCACAUUUGGAGGAGAAACAGGCUUCGACAUAGUGAAAACUGCCACUUUGAAGAAGCUGGUGUGUCUCAACACCAAGUGGUGUCCAUACGUGGACUUCCAUGUUCCGCGAAAUGAGGACGAGGCAAAACCAAGGAAACCGUCAACUGAACUUUAAUGAAUAUUCAGUAGAUGAUUUUUGGCUUAAUCAGUCACAACAUUUUUUUCACUGAUGACAUAAUACAUAAUCCAAUUUAGACAAAAGGACGGGUGAUCUUAAGACUACGGCAUCUGUAGUAUUAAUUGUCUUCAAAGUUUGCUUGCAGUAAAGUACUUGUAAAAACUGGUAAAUUCAAUGGGUCUCAUUCACUAACAUGUGCUCAGAAAUGUUCUUACUCUCUGAACAAAUGGAUUCAUGAGGUGAGCCAAUGUUGUCCCUACUGCCUUGUUUGUGAAUCCGAAUCAUGUGAAAUUGACAGACUUUAAAAUCUGCAAGCUGCCAUGCAUUUUCUCACUAGAGAGCAGUGCACUGAACAUAGAAGAAGACAUAAGCAGCAGUUUUAAGAGAUGGCUCCGAAAAGAAUUGCACAACAGCAGAUGUGUUGUGAAAUUGAAAAAAAUACACUGGUGGACGUUAAAAAAAGGCACAGUGGUGCAAAUUUAAAAUAAGAAUAGUUUGACGUUGCAGACCAGAAAUAAGAAAAAAAAAAAUGAUAACAUGAGGGAGACAGGGGAACAGCACAUCUCAUGGCUCAGGGUGAGGCUGGAGCAGUUAUUAAACAGUCAUUAUGAGGUUUUGUUCAAGGAAUGAGGGGGAAAAGUGAUGAUAUCCACAAAGAACCAUCAGGUCAUUUAUUUAAUAAUUAUAGCCAAGAUGGUAUCUGUUAAUCCUUGUAUAUUUUGUAAUUAAUGAGCAUAAUGCAACCAGAACAAAAUGUUUUAAAUUGAAGCUGCAUUUGCAAACAACUGUAAUAAUGAAUAACAGUAUAAAAUGUAGGCCAGAAUGAUGGAGGAGAAAUUUUAAUACUUGAAUAUAUAAACUAAGCAAACUAUCUCAAUAGUAUAGUUAAAGAUUGUGUCAAAUGCAUUAAUUAACUAAGUUAGUGUCCUUUUUGGAAAACAUUUGUGCAUACACACGGUCUAAGGAAGUUCUGAAUUAGUUUGAUGAGAUAGAGCACAUGUGUACACGUGGUUUAAGUUCAGAUUUUUGUGUAAAUACAGUUUGUGAAUGAGGCACAACAUUUUUUUGACCAUUGAGCAGGAAACUUUGGAGCAGUUAAAAUAAAAUGUGAGUUGUAUAUGA